UAUGAAAGAUUCUAACUCACCUCGGUAAUAAGACACAUAAAAAAUUGACCCUGUAUUGACAUCAGGAGCAUUUAGAUUUAAGACACAUCACAAUUUGGGAGCAAAAUUGAUUAGAAAGAGAUAGAUCUCAUAACAGUAAGAGGAUCUAAGGGCUUUUUCUGAGUAGAAUGAUGAUGACAAUAUUAAACAGUUUUCUUCAGAUGAAGAUGUCAAGCAUCCUGAAUAGAACUCCCAUAAAUAACCAUGGUAUCUUAGAUCAGCGGCUCCAAACAUGAGUAGUAAGGACUCAGAGAAGAAAUGGGAAGCCUUGAGUGAGAAGAAAAAGCAUAUUCACAAUAAACCUUCCUUUGCAUCUAUUUCAUCAGAAUCAAGUUUCAAUAGAAUGGGCGUGAUGACAUUGAAAGACGAAUUCCAAACCAUCUAUUAGAGAGAGCAAUUAGAUGAAGACAUCAAAGAGAAGGAUACUGAGUUGAAUGACAGUGAUGAAAUUCCUUAAUUAAUUUAAUAAGAAUCGAUACUUGAAGAUUCAACCAUUAUCAUAGACAGAAAAUCUCAAUAAUUAAGUAAAUCAAAAGUGUUAAUUGAAACAACAGAAGAACCUGUAAAAGCUGGCUCUUACAAAAAUUUAAAGAUUGCAGGCGUUUUACUAGCUACUUGUGGAAUAGCAGGAUGGCUAUAUAAAAAGUAUUUUUGA